UUUACUUUCAUAGGAAAACCAGAACCAUCUCGUGGCUCUCUGUCCCUCUCCUCUUCCUCAAACCCACUUCCUCCUAAAUAUAACUUCCCCUCGUGAAAGUGCUGAAUCUCGACUCAACUGUCAGUUCUUCCUCUUCGUCCUCCUCCUCCUCCUCUAGUUUCCGGUUUCACCAGCUAAAAAGAGAACAUUCAUGGCAUAUACCAGCUUUAUCAUCUCCCUCACAAUUUUGUCUUGACCGCAAUCACACGAUAUGCUAGCUUCGGUCUCAGACCUGGCUUUCCUCUGCCACUCUUUCCUCUGUCAAUAAAAGGCAGAAACAGUAUCGGCCGAGGAAGCGCGAGAGAGGUUCAGCCAUGUUCGACAUCCUGUUCGGUUGGCGGAAAGCUUCCAAAUGCAAGAGGCUGAUCAGGAGAGUCCAGUGCCGGCUCAAGCUGCUGAAGAACAAGAGGUACUCAAUCGUGAGACAGUUGAGGGAAGACGUGGCUCAGCUCAUCAAGACUGGAUAUGAAGAGAUCGCCAUUGAUCGGGCCGAGCAGCUCUUCAAAGACGAGAGCAUUAUGGCAGUCUACGAAUUGUUAGAUCAUUUCUGCGAGUUCAUUCUCAUCCAUCUUUCCUACAUUCGCCGGAACAGGGACUGUCCCAAUGAUAUCAAUGAAGCAGUUUCAAGUCUUGUAUUUGCCUCUGCGAGAUGUGGGGACCUGCCCGAGCUCCGGGCAAUCCGGAAGCUCUUCGGAGAGCGUUAUGGGGAUAAUUUCACCAAGCGUGCUCUUGAAUUGUAUCCUGGGAAUCUUGUCAACCAUGAGAUAAGAGAUAAACUCUCCAUUAAGUCGGUCCCGGGUGAUGUGAAGCGAAGACUGAUGGAUGAGAUUUCUUGCGAAUACUGCCUCCAGACCGGAAUUUUGGCUUUGGAAUACACUUCUGAGCUACAAAAGCAGAUGAAAGAAAUCAUGGAACCACAAGUUAUCGACACCGAUGCUCAGUUCUUCCCUGACAACGUCCGGGAACCUAAAUUUCAAGUCUUGGACACUAAAGGCGCCAUCGAAACAAAAUCUGCACUUCUGGAGACGGAAACGGGGAAUGAGCUAAUGAUAACACAAAUUAUUUCUUCUUUCGGUGCCGAGGAAAGUCAGAGAAGAACCACACUUCAAAGGGCCUCGGAAUGCAAGGAGAAGGUUACAGUAACAUCGUCAUCAUCGUCAGGCAAUUCUCCGCAAUUUUACCGGGAAAACAUCGUGUUUCUUGAUGAUGUUGAGGAGGUUCAGUCUUCCCUCAAAGUGAAUGGGAACUCCCAGGACCAAAGGCUGUUCAAGUUCAAGCCUUCUCCAGUCCCACGGAUAGAGACAAUAGAGGAUGGCUAUUUGGAGGAAAGCGAUUCAGGGAACGGGAGUCCAGUUUCGAGAGCCUCGACAAAAAGCAAGACAGGACACGAGAAAAGAAUAAGGAGGAGAACGUUAUCUCGAGAUAGUCACUUCGUGGAGAGCAUCGACUUUGUGACUUACUACAAUGGCCCGAACAAGAACAGAACUAAUCAGGAGAGGAAUAAGCACCAGAAGAAGAAUACAGUCCAUGCGAGCGAUCAGCCGCUCAGUGCAGAGAAGAAACUAGAACAAUCUGCAGAACACUCCAUGAACUCAUGCUGCAAAGCUAAAGAUUGCAGCUUGGAACAUCCUUGUUACCAUCAUGUAGCCAAUGAGGGUGAUAGUUCAAAAGAUACUCUGAAGCAGGAGUCGGAGUCGGUGUCGGAAGUGAAGUUACCUCUGAAACAAGAGAGGGUCUGCCAUGAGAAUGUCGCUGUUGUAUAUGAUGUUUUCACGUAUCCGAGCAACAAGCCCAAUAAGAGAAACAUAGGAUCACUGGAACAAAAGGAAGAGGGCUUCAUCUCGGACUUGGAUUCUUCGAGCAGUGGAGAAGAUGGGCAGGGUCUCCCGGCGUACUUGCGAGCAUUGACUAUGCCACCGGAGCGACCCAAAGAGAUACGGGAGAAAAUUCCGAGGUCCAAUUCAUACCCUAUUCAGUACCCCCACCACGUCCAUCCUAAGCUGCCUGACUACGACGAGAUAGCAGCCAAAUUCAUGGCUCUCAAGAAAGACCAUAUGCAGGGUAAGGAUCAAUGCAAAAAACAAGAUGUCCAUUAGAUUUCAAAGGUUUUUUCCGAGCAUCAAGAACAACCCAUGCUCAAAUGUUUGAUCAUUUUUAUUCUCAUGUGUGUAAUGAUAUAUGUUGAGCUCCUCUGUAUGUAUCAGUGUAGGAAAUUGUUUGCAUUGGUUGAAUGGAUGUGUCGUAUUAUUAUGUCAUCUGCAUUGAGAUAAGUUUUGUAAAUUGUUCUGCCUGCCCAAUGUAUUUACGUUGGGCCCAUUAAUGUCUUA